UUUUCUUCAUAACAUUCUCCAUCUAAACAAUUAGCCGCCACCACCCUCUCUCUUAUCUCUUGACAAACUCCGGCGACASGAGAAGGGGCGGCGCGUCGACGAAAUUCGGCGUAUGCGUCUAAGGCGGCGGCGGAACCCUACGGUAUAACUACAACCACGAACGGCGGCGGUGUAGUAGCAAAUCCGGCGACCUGCAGCAACAAAUCGCGACUAUCCACGGACGUUCGACGGCGGCAGAUUCCAGCGGUGGGGCGGUGACCGUGCAGACCCGGCAACCCCCUUCCAGCGAGUCUUCUCCCGGAGUGACAGAUCGUAGACACCCAGAUCCGGCGACCCUCCUAUGAACCAUAUCUGAUAUAAUUUCAAACUCACGACAACUCGAUUAGCGAUUACCAUCACUCCGGUGAUUAAGCAACGUAGGUAAGUAAGGGUUUCGGCAAUGAAAAUCCUCAAGUAAUGUGCUGCUAGCGCACAAAAAUUCUCAAGGAGUGUGCAAGCGCAAGCUACUAUAUAUUCUGGGCCAAUGGACACGGAACGGUCAUCAGUGCCUGAUCAUGAUGAGAGAAAUGGUCAUGGGGAAGGAGGACACGAUGACUUUGGAUGGAGUGGAGCAGAAAAGUCUAGUAAGCAUCGGAGUGAGGAUCAUCGGAAGAAUAGUCGAGGGGAGGAAAAAGACCACAGAAGUAAAGAUCGAGACCGAUCCAAGAGACGUAGUGACGAUGCACCAAAAGAAAGGGAGAAAGAGGUAAAAGAUUCAGAAAGGGAUCGAGUUCAUAGUCGGGACAGGAGGAAGGAAGAAAGAGAUGAGCAUGAAAAAGAAAGGAGCAGGGGUAGCAAAGUUAAAGAAAAAGAAUAUGAGAGAGAGAGAGAUAGAAAAGAUCGAGGAAAGGAUAAAGAACGUGGGAGGGAGAGACAGUUGGAGAAGGAUAAUGUACGAGGACAAGACAAAGAAAGGGGAAAGGAGAAAGACAGGGACAGGGAUAGGGAUAGGAAAAAAAAAGAAAAGGAAAAGGACAGGUCAAAUGAAAAUGAAAGAGAAAAAGGGAGAGAGAAACACAGAGAUCAAGAGGAGAAGGAAAGCUGUAGGAACACUGACAAGGAGAGAGGAAAAGAGAAAAUUUUGGAAGAUGACAGGAAAGCAGAUCAAAACAAGGAGAAAUCAAGGGAAUUGAUUGGCAGUAAAAAUGAUGAGGAAAGAAUUGAUUGGGCUGGAGAUGCGGGUAAGGAUUAUAUGCUAAAAAGUGAUGGUCAGAACCGGGACAAAGAUGAUGUUGAUCAAGGGAAUGCUGUCCGGCAUUUGGGAGGUGAAGAAAAUUCUGAUGGUUUGAAAGUUGGAGCUCAGCCUUCUUCAGUUAUGCUUGAGGAGCGCAUUCGGACCAUGAAAGAAGACAGGCUAAAGAAGCAAACUGAAGAAUCUGAGGUUUUAUCAUGGGUUAAAAGGAGUCGUAAGCUUGAGGAGAAGAAACUUUCUGAAAAAGAAAAAGCAUUGCAGCUCUCAAAGAUUUUUGAGGAACAGGACAAUAUUGAUCAAGGUGGAAGUGAUGAUGAUCUUGCAGCAGAAGAUACAACUAGUAAUCUAGCAGGAGUUAAAGUACUUCAUGGCGUAGAUAAAGUACUGGAAGGUGGUGCAGUUGUCUUAACACUUAAAGAUCAGAGUAUCUUAGCUGAUGGUGACGUUAACGAAGACAUGGAUGUACUUGAGAAUGUGGAAAUUGGAGAGCAGAAGCAGAGAGACAUGGCCUAUAAAGCAGCAAAAAAGAAAACCGGGAUCUAUGAUGACAAGUUUAAUGAUGAAAAUCAUGGUGAGAAAAAGAUUCUUCCACAGUAUGAUGAUCCCGCAGCUGCAGAUGAGGGUCUAACUCUAGAUGAAAGAGGACGUCUUACUAAUGAUGCAGAGAAGAAGCUUGAGGAGCUUCGGAAAAGAUUACAGGGAGCUUCUUCAGUCAAUCACUUUGAAGAUCUGAAUGCAUCAGUGAAAGUCUCACAUGAUUAUUACACUCAAGAUGAGAUGCUUCAGUUUAAGAAGCCCAAGAAAAAGAAAUCCCUUCGAAAGAAGGAAAAGCUAGAUAUCGAUGCCCUUGAAGCAGAAGCAAUCUCUGCUGGAUUGGGUGUUGGAGAUCUUGGUUCUCGAAAUGAUUCUAGAAGGCAAGCACGUAAAGAGGAACAGGAAAGGUCUGAAGCAGAAAUGCGGCAUAGUGCGUACCAGUCAGCCUAUGCUAAAGCAGAUGAGGCAUCAAGAUCUCUCCAAUUAGUUCAAACUAGUUCAAUCAGAUUAGAGGACAAUGAAGAUACUUUCAUUGCAGACGAUGAUGAAGAUCUCUAUAAAUCCUUGGAGAGAGCAAGAAAAUUAGCUCUUAAGAAGCAGGAGGAGGCAGCAUCCGGACCAGAAGCUAUUGCUCUUCUUGCUACAACAACGACCAGCAGUCAGUCAACUGAUGAUCAUAACACAAAAGCUGGAGAGGUGCAGGAGAAUAAGGUUGUGUUUACAGAAAUGGAAGAAUUUGUAUGGGGUCUCCAGCUUGAUGAAGAAUCUCAUAAACCUGAGGAAGAAGAUGUCUUUAUGGAUGAUGAUGAAGCACCAAAAGAAUAUCAUGAAGAUGAGAAGGAUAAGGAUGGUGGGUGGACUGAAGUUAAAGAUACUGCYGAAGAAGAACCCACACCUGAGGAUAAUGAGGCAAUAGCUCCAGAUGAAACAAUCCAUGAAGUUCCCGUUGGAAAGGGAUUAUCCAGUGCGCUGAAGCUGCUUAAAGAUCGAGGAACUCUGAAGGAAAGCAUUGAAUGGGGUGGCAGAAACAUGGACAAGAGGAAAAGCAAACUUGUUGGUAUAGUAGACGAAGACGAACCAAAGGAAUCGAAGUCAAAGGAAUCCCGUUUAUCUUCUUUGGUUGAUUACAAAAAGGAGAUCCACAUUGAGAGGACUGAUGAAUUUGGGCGAAUUAUGACUCCAAAGGAGUCAUUUCGACAGCUUUCUCACAAGUUCCAUGGCAAGGGACCUGGCAAAAUGAAGCAAGAAAAGCGCAUGAAGCAAUACCAAGAAGAGUUGAAGUUGAAGCAGAUGAAGAAUGCAGAUACACCUUCUUUGUCAGUGGAGAGAAUGAGGGAGGCUCAGGCACAACUAAAGACCCCUUAUCUUGUUCUCAGUGGUCAUGUAAAACCUGGCCAAACGAGUGAUCCAAUAAAUGCUUUUGCUACUGUUGAAAAGGAUCUCCCAGGCGGCUUGACACCCAUGCUUGGUGACAGAAAAGUUGAACAUUUCUUGGGGAUAAAGCGUAAAGGCGAACCUACGAAUUCAGGCACAAAGAAGUCCAAAGUUUGAAGUUUCCACAUCAUUUCACGAAUUCAGGCACAUCCUUUCACAUUGACAAGGCAAUUUUAUGGUCUCCAAGGCCUUAUUGAUCCAACUGUGCCGAGUGGGAUGGCCAUUGCUCAGCAGAUAAAAGUUACCUUCCUUUUUUUUAAGGAAAAAAAAAGAGGUGUUUAUGGAAGUGAAGGACAAUAGAACUUUUACUGUAACUUUUUCACUAGUGUCCUGUUUAUGGCCCUCUGGUGUAAAUGUCACUUUGUUACAUUUUAAAUGACCUUUUGAUGAAUUGGAGGGCUUUUUUGUAACCCAUCAUCAUUGGGUCUUCCCUUUUUGUACAUUUUAUAUUAUCAAUGAAAUAUGUCUCUUACCAAAAAAAAAAAAAAA